AUGUACGCACACGCUCUCUCUCUCUCCCUAUCCAGGCAAUGCAAGCAUAUCCAAAUGGCCACGGUGUCUAUAACCCUGGUCCAGGCCAGUAUCCGGCAAGUUCUUUCCACCCAUCCAAUCCAUUUUACUGUGCAGACCAGAUGUCUCCCAGGCAGGCCCCAGGCCAGUACCCUAGCCAGGGCUGCCCAGGACCAGAGCAGAGCACAGGGGGGUCAGGACAACCACACGCCCAGCACCAACAUCCGCACCACCACUAUCCUGGACCACACUGUCAAGGGGUAAGUUCAUUCAACCAGUGCAGGGCAGUGUUUAAUGGUGUCUGAUGUACAGGCAGUUGGGUAUAAUGGAGCUUGUUGUCUAUUUUCUACCUUAAUCGUCUUCUUUAGGCCUCUAGCUAUCUUCCUGGGUCUUACCCGCACUAUGGGGAAGGUGGUCCUGCGUUGCCCCCAUACCCCACUGGACAAGCCAUUCACCAUAGGCCACAGGCUGAGGCUUGGGCCCACUCGGGUGGGUAUGGGGGGCAGCCAGGCUCGCAGUGGCGGCCAGGCACCCAACCUCCACACAGCCACUAUGGGACCCCUGUCUGCCCCCAACAACCCCCAGCCUGGCCAGGGACUGGCACUGGAGCACCACCCCCCUAUGAAGCCAAGGUACAUGUGGAACACAAGGGAUGCAUCUCAAUGACCUAAAGUGCCUUUUUGUCUCAUCUCCUUUAUUUGCACAUAUUGUUUCUAAAAUAACCUCCAAGUGGACCUCAUUUACUUCUUGGAAGAAAGGGGAUAUGUCCGAUAAAAGCUCAAUCCUUCCUCUGGUACCGUAGCUGUUUUGGGUCUGAAUUUAAUAACUUACUCAUUAUACACUAGUCGUCUAAGACGGGUGGGCAAACUACGGCCCGCAGGCCGCAUCAGACCCGCCAGCCGAUUUUACAAUUAUUAUUUUGGGUAAAAAAAACGCUCCAGGACACAUUUGAUUGUCUAAAAACUAUACUGAACAAAAAUAUAAACGCAACAUGUAACAAUUUCAUUUAUUUUACUGAGUUCAUAUGAGGAAAUCAGCCAAUUUGAAAUAAAAUCAUUAGGCCCUAAUCUAUGGAUUGCACAUGACUGUGAAAACAGAUGCAUUAAAUAAAAAUGGGCCUCACAAUGGCCCUCAGGAUCUCGUAACAGUAUUUUUGUCCAUUUGAAAUUGCAGUCGAUAAAAUGCAAUUGUGUUCGUUGUCCGUAGCUUAUGCCUGCCAAUACCAUAACCCCACCGCCACCAUGGGGCACUCUGUUCACAACGUUGACAUCAGCAAACCGCUCGCCCACAAGACACCAUACACGUGGUCUGUGGUUGUGAGGCCGGUUGGACGUACUGCCAAAUUCUCUAAAACGACGUUGGAAGCCGCUUAUGCUAGAGAAAUGAAAUUUCAAUUCUCUGGCAACAGCUGUGGUGGACUUUCCUGCAGUCAGCAUGCCAAUUGCACACUCCCUCAACUUGAGACAUCUGUGGCAUUGUAUGACAACUGCACAUUUUAGUGGCCUUUAAUUGUCCACAGCACAAGGUGCACCUGUGUCAUGAUCAUGCUGUUUAAUUUGAUUCUUGAUAUUUCACAUCUGUCAUGUGGAUGGAUUAUUUUUGCAAAGGAGAAAUGCUUACUAACAGGGAUGUAAACAAAUUAGUGCUCAAUUUGGGAGAAUACGUGUUUUUUUUUGCGAAUGGAAAAUUUCUGGGAUCUUUUAUUUCAGCUCAUGAAACAUGGGACCAACACUUUACAUGUUUUGUUUUAUAUUUUUGUUCAGUGUAGAUAGAAUGUAGAAAUGAUAAUGGACCUAUAUAUACUAUAUAUUCAUAAGUAUGUGGACACCCCUUCAAAUGAGUGGAUUCGGCUAUUUCAGCCACACCCAUUGCUGACAGGUGUAUAAAAUCGAGCACAAAGCCAUGCAACCUCCAUGGACAAACAUUGGCAGUAGAAUGGCCUUACUGAAGAGCUCAGUGACUUUCAACAUGGCACCGUCAUAGAAUGCCACCUUUCCAACAAGUCAGUUCGUCAAAUGUCUACCCUGCAAGAGCUGCCCCGGUCAACUGUAUGUGCUGUUAUUGUAAAGUGGAAACGUCUAGGAGCAACAACUGCUCAGCUGCAAAGUGGUAGGCCACACAAGCUCACAGAACGGGACCGCAGAGUGUUGAAGUGCGUUGCGCGUAAAAAUCGUCUGUCCUCGGUUGCAACACUACCAAGUUCCAAACUGCCUCUAGAAGCAACGUCAGCACAAGAACUGUUCGUCGGGAGCUACAUUAAAUGAGUUUCCAUGGCUGAGCAGCCGCACACAAGCCUAAGCUCACCAUGCGCAAUGCCAAGUGUCGGCUGGAGUGGUGUAAAGCUCGCCGCCAUUGGACUCUGCAGGAGUGGAAACGCAUUCUUUGGAGUGAUGAAUCACGCUUCACCAUCUGGCAGUCCGACAGAAUCUGAGUUUAGCGGAUGCCAGGAGAACGCUACCUGCCCCAAUGCAUAGUGCCAAUUGUAAAGUUUGGUGGAGGAGGAAUAAUGGUCUGGGGCUGUUUUGUCAUCGUUCGGGCUAGGCCCAUUUGCUCCAGUGAAGGGAAAUCUUAAUGCUACAGCAUACAAUGACAUUCUAGACGGUUAUGUGCUUCCAACUUUGUGGCAACAGUUUGGGGAAGGCCCUUUCCUGUUUUCAGCAUGACAAUGCCCCCGUGCUCAAAGUGAGGUCCAUACAGAAAUGGUUUGUCAAGAUCGUUGUGGAAGGACUUGACAGGUCUGCAAAGAGCCCUGACCUUAACCCCAUCGAACACCUUUGGGAUGAAUUGGAAUGCCGACAGCGAGCCAGGCGUAAUCGCCCAACACCAGUGACGACCUCACUAAUGCUCUUGUGGCUGAAUGGAAGCAAGUCCCUGCAGCAAUGUUCCAACAUCUAGUGGAAAUACUUCCCAGAAGAGUGGAGGCUGUUAUAGCAGCAAAGGGGGGACCAACUCCAUAUUAAUGCCCAUGAUUUUGGAAUGAGAUGUUCGACAAGCAGGUGUCCACAUACUUUUGGUCAUGCAGUGUAUCUAUUUUUUUCUAGCCUUCAAAUGUAUUUUGAGGAACAAAUUGGCCCAAAUAAAAUCUGUGCGGCCCUCUGUUGACAACAAGUUUGUUUGCCCACCCUUGAUCUAAGAUAAUCUUUUAUACCUCCUCAGGACCAGCACUACCCAGGACCCCAUCAGCACCAGCGUGCCCCACAGGUGGGACCCAAACCCAGACCGGCCCACUCCCCUAACCCCACUAAUGGCAAGCCUGUUGACUUCAGCUCACCUCCCCAGAUGUACAAUAAACCAGGGCGGGGGGGGGCGCAGGAGCCAAAGCCUUCCCAGGGUGAGCCUCCACCCCCAGUCCCAGCUCCAGCCCAACCCCAGGGACCGAUCGGGCCUCAGUGCCUGAGCGACAACCCUAGCCUGGCCAAAGUCCAGCAGGUCAUUGCCCGGGUGCUUUUGCUCCAUGAGGAUGUGGACGAGUUUGUGGGUAAAAAAUCAGACAAGAGUUACAGGUACCUAGAGGAACUACUGACCAAGGAGCUACUGGUGCUGGAUUCAGUGGAGACUCAGGGACAGGAAGUGGUAAGGCAGGCCCGAAAGGAAGCUGUGCAGAGGAUCCAGGCCAUACUGGACCGGCUGGAGAAAAAGGCCUUCUGA